GAGUAUGAGCAUCUUCACAGAGCACGUCUGCUGGGAGUGUUGUUCCUGAUCUGAGCAGAGCGCUGAAGCUUUGGAGACUGUCCACCCGUCAUCAGCCUGACUUGCAAAAUGUCUGAUUUUGAGGAUUUCGGCAAGCCAGGAGGACAGGCAAAUGUAUCUGAAAGCUACCAGCUGAACCCCACCAGUGUGAUCGUGUCGGUGGUCUUCUCCCUCAUCUUCCUGUUGGGCACCAUCGGCAACAGCCUGGUGCUCGCUGUACUGCUGCGGAGUGGACAGGUCGGAUACAACACGACCAACCUGUUCAUACUCAACCUGAGCGUGGCCGACUUCUUCUUCAUCAUCUUCUGCGUUCCUUUCCAAGCCACCAUCUACUCUCUGGAGGGAUGGGUGUUUGGCUCCUUCAUGUGCAAAGUGGUGCACUUCUUCAUCAACCUCACCAUGUACGCCAGCAGCUUCACACUCGCCGCCGUCUCUGUUGACAGGUAUCUGGCCAUUCGCUACCCACUCCGCUCCAGGGAGCUACGAACCCCUUGUAAUGCAGUGGUUGCCAUGGUGAUCAUCUGGGGUCUUUCCCUGGUCUUCGCCGGUCCGUAUCUCAGCUACUACGACCUGAUCGAUUAUGCCAACAGUACUGUGUGCAUCCCCGGGUGGGAAGAACAGAACCGUAAGGUGCUGGACACGUGCACCUUCCUGUUCGGCUAUGUCAUCCCUGUGCUGAUCGUGAGCCUCUCGUACACUCGAACCAUCAAGUACCUGUGGACGGCAGUCGACCCUCUGGACGGCAUGUCGGAAUCCAAGAGGGCCAAACGCAAAGUCACCAAAAUGAUCAUCAUUGUCACCGUGCUUUUCUGUAUAUGCUGGCUGCCGUAUCAUGUGGUGAUCCUGUGCUACCUGUAUGGAGACUUCCCUUUCAAUCAGACCACGUAUGCCUUCAGGCUUCUCUCUCACUGCAUGGCCUACGCCAACUCCUGUGUCAACCCCAUUGUGUACGCUCUGGUGUCCAAGCACUUUCGCAAAGGCUUCAAGAAAGUGUUCAGUUGUCUCCUCAGCAAAAAUGGGAGAAAUAAGGUUCAUGUGGUUCACGUGGCCAACACUGUGCCGGGGUUUGAAGCAGGCUCCACGGAGGUGUCACAGAUGAACGAGGAGAACAUACGUCAGAAUGAAUGUGAAAUGAUUAACAGGCCGAUCCCAGAGCCGAGAGAAGCCACGGUGACACUGAAUUUGCCCUUUCAGCGGCAGACUUGACAAGUGAUCCAGCUCUGUUGACAGGCUGCCUGACAGAUUGCCUUUUGUAAAAGACUAAUAAUGCAGCUAAUGUUUUAAAAUAAAUGUUUAAGCUUCUAAUCACUAUGUUCACAUAUUUAAUGGCAAACAGGGGAGGAGAUAAAAGGAUUCAUGCACAAACACAUUUAUAUAGAUAAAUACAUCAUUUCUUUUAGUUUAAUAUUACUAACAGAUCAGAAAGAACGGUUUUACUAAAAGUGAAAAUUUCUCAGUAUUUCCUGUUUCCACUAUUUGCCUUAACCAUGGCUUGCACUUUGGUAUUAAUUUAAUGUGUGUCAUAAUUUUACAGUAUUUUUCAGUCCCAGAGAUGUUCAGUGGUUGGUAACUGUGCAGGGAAAUCCUUGCAAGUCAUUGCUGUAUCAUUUUACAUCAUGCAGUUUAAGGGUGAUUGCACAGCUCAUGCACACAAGUCAGAAGGAACUACGUGUGAAGUCCACCCUGUUGCAAGUCAUCGCACUGCAGUAUUUCCAACACCAUGUGCCACUGUAGGUUUUAAGUUUCUUCAGUCUCUCAUGUGGUCUUUCAACUGCAACUGUAAUCUUCAAAGUCUUUUUUUUUUACUAGUUUUGAACCUACUAGUCUGUUAUUACGUGGAGCAGGAGAUUCUUUGGUCUGUUUUGUAUCUUGCAUGCAGAUGCUGUUUGAACUAUGUAUGUUUUAACUUAAAACACUUUGAGAAAAUAGUUUGCCAACAUCGUAUUCAGUUACAUUUCAAAUUCAUAACGGCAUUUAAAAUGUCCAGAGUUGGACUGAAUAACAUCCUGGAAUCAGGUGUCAAACGGUAUGAAAUUAGUAAAAAGUUUGUUUUUGAUGAAUAAGAAAAACAAACAGUUAUCAGUAGAAAACUUGAGCCUUUUGGACUCCACUAUAAAAGUGGACACAUUUUCUUGCUUUACUUGUAUUUUGCAAAUGACUGUAUUCACAGCAUGUUUCUCCUUGGUGUAAAAUAUUAUAUAUUUAAAUGAAAAUGUUUUCAAUGAGUGCACUUACGCAUUUAAGAGUUGUGUAUUUUAAAAGGUGUGUAUUUUGUGUAGAUUUUUAAAAAGCUGUGACAUGAUUAUGAUCAUUCACAUGGUUUAUAGUGUCGCUCUCCAAAUGAAAGCAGACCCUCAGCAUCUUUCUCCUUCUGUUUAGCUGUAAGCUUGUGUCCUACCUCAGAGCUGUAAAAAGAAAAAUCUUCUCGCCUCUUAUUUGUAACAUGUCCUGAUUGAGUAAUAUUCAAUUUUCCUCUUGAGAGACUAAUUUCCAAACGGAGUAUUCUUCUUUGCACUGACCAGUUUCCCUCUGUUGUGUUUACUGUGCCCUUUGCAUCUACACUAUAUACUUAAGUGUUU